AUGGAUGGACAGAGACAGCCGUACAUACCGGUUCCUCCUCCACCCGCAAUAUCGCAACCGCCCCAGUCCCAUGUUAUACCAUUACCGCCGCCUCCUCCUCGUCCUCAGACACAGCCCCAUGGCAUUCCUCCGCCUCCUCCAGGACCACCGCCGGGGUCUGGCUUUGGGGUCGCGCCGGGAUGGCAGCAAAGCUGGGGAAGGGGACUUCCUCCCCCUCCUCCUCAUCCACCUAUGUUAAACCAACAGAACCAACACCUAGCCUUUGGUCGUCCGCCCCCUCUGCCGCCACAGAGCGAGAAUCAACCCCUCACCUCAGCGACUUACAUCCCGGCCGGCGAGUCUUUUGGGCCGGGAGUCGGGAUACCUCCUCUAUUUGAUUCAUAUACUCGUUCUGUUUAUGAAGGGAAAGAUGAAAGCACACUCACACCCUCCACUCGCAAUAUGCCGUCCUCAUUUGUGUUACAUGAUACCGUUCAUGAGUUGGUAUCUCCAAACGUGCCAGCGAAUUCGGCGCAGAACCCACCAGCGCAGAGCACGGGGCAAGCAUCUGGGCUUGCCAAGUCAUCCAGUCACCGUCAUAAUAACAGUAGUGCCUCAUUGGGGGGUCUAUCACCAAGUGAAGCUGCUGUUCAAUGGCCCUUGGACCGCGUGUUGUCAUGGCUUGCACAAAAUGGGUUUUCCAAUGACUGGCAAGAGACCUUCAAGUCCCUAGAAUUACAAGGAGCGGAUUUUCUCGAGCUGGGCCAUGGCGCCAACGGUAGAGGCAAUCUGGGGAAAAUGCACAAUGUCGUCUAUCCCCAACUGGCGAAAGAAUGCCAGAGGACCGGCACAGGGUGGGAUCAGGUCCGUGAAAGGCGUGAACGAGAAGAAGGAAAGCGCAUGCGGAAACUGAUUCGCAAUAUUCACGAUGAUGGUAGCCGUGAGACAACACAUGUCAGUCUUCAGAAGCGACGGUCAUCCCAACCAUUGACUGCUUCACCUAUGUUCGAUGCUGGCCUGGAUGGCUCACCGAACCUCGGGCGAGAUGCGGGCUCGGCGAUCAGUUCAGGCAAUCCUGAAAGCCCGGUAAACUAUACUGCGAAGGGCAAGUUCGGCGAGUAUUCUCGCAGGAAUAGCGCGCAGCUGCGGUCGGUAACGUUGCCGGUCCCCGGGUCUAUGAGCCACGAUUCUCAUGCAAAUGAAUCCCACCCUUUGGAAGCUGCGACAUUGUAUCCUCGCUCAGAGCUUUCUCGAUCUGCUCUCAAGGGAUUAAGCGAGCAUCGAAGACACAGCUCUUCGACGGCUAGCGAUAGUGGACCUUUCCCUGCCCCGCCCCUUCGACCAUAUGAGGAGAGCCCUAAAAGUGGCAGUCCAGCCGCACAGAAUGCCACCCUUGUCCCAUCGGGAUUGACAUCGUCGUCUACAGGCGAUCUGACGUAUAGGUCGGAACACUCGCGGGGGAACAGUACUGAUUCUGCGUUUGGGGGCUCUGGCCAUGGUCCUAAUAAGGAUAUUCCUACUAGGUAUUAUGAGGCGCGAAGGCAAGGCUUGGAUACUGUCCGUCCGUCGCCGCAAGAUACAAACUAUCGUCAAUGGAACGGAGAAAGCGCAUCCUAUUCCAAAGAGAGCAGCAAGGGCUUUCUGAACAUUUUCAAGAAGAGACCUAAGCUUACCGAUUCUAGCAACCCAUCUCCAGAAGAACAGAGUCUUGAAUCACCGACGAGUCCGGUAAACAUACGUCAAAACGGUAGUUAUCUUCCUUUCACAAAGCCUGGACUAAAUACUAGCGAUGUGUCACUGGGUGAGCGGCCUUCUUCUGCGUCUUUUUCAGACCAUGAAAAGGUGGCAGUCCGGAUAAAGCCUGCCUCUAGGGGAAAGAAGUAUCUCUUCGUCACGGCAGAUGGCUGGAACUACCGAUUGGUCGACGUGACUGACCUUGAUUCCGCUGACGCUUUGCGCCGUGCCAUCUGCCAAAACCUAGGGAUGUCAGAUUGGGUAAAUGCUCAGAUCUUCGCUACCGAACCAGGACAGACUGAUCACGAGGAACCACUGAACGAUCAUGCACUGGUUUCUAGGCGUACUAAAUCGGAUGCUCUGGGUACGAUGAAAGUAUACGUGCGCGCUGCGAAUCCACAUUCAACCUCCACCCAUUCACCGCGCUUUGCUGGUCUCGGCGUUUCGAUGCCCGAAAAGAACACUAUGUCUCCCAUAUCUGGGCAACAUCACCUGCAAAGGAAGCCUUUAGAUGAAGAUGCUAUGCUUCGUGUGUCGGCGGCUGGUGUAUCCCCUAUUGACGGUCCGCGGGAAUCCAAACAAACACCCGAGUCAGAUAACCACGAAUUCCCUCCUCGCUCCUCUGAUAGCAGGCCUAGGCCAAAUCAUUAUGGAGAAACAGGCUAUCGAAGAGAAGGCGUAAUAGAUUUCGACAGGCCUAGGCCUUCUCCAUUUGAAGACAAACGAGUCGACAACCUUAUCCCGCAACGGAAAGCUCCAUCUGCACCGUCUGAAUCUCACACGCUAGCGAAAGUCAAUUCGAUGAGCAAGAAACCGGGUCAGCGAUCCCCUGUAAUCCAGGGAGAUCAAAACAAGAACAGGCCUCCUGGAAUUCUAACUCCUGAGGAGCUGGCUGAUGGUCGGAAGCCGAUAGGUCCUGCGCAUGGUUUGGGUCACGGUCUCGCAGCAGCCGUUGCCAGUGUCGGGAAAAUGACAAGCGCCAUCGGCACACCAUCACCAUCUAUACCAUCGCCAUCCAAACUAGUGCAAUCUCCCGAACAUAGCUUCACAGGGCCAAGCAGGACUAGUCCAGUAAUGACAACACCAAAAUCAGCGGGAUCGAAUAAUGGGGCUCGAGAACAGCGUCGCAUGGAAACGCCACCAGCACCGUCCGAACAGCCAACGCGACCGACACCGAAGGCUCGCAAGUCCUACGGCCCAGAAUUUGAUUUUGAAGAGACCAAGGUGUCAUUCCAGCAACCGUCGUCUUCACAGGACAACGAGGAUUCGGAUUCCGAUGACGGUUUGUUUGCCAAACCGUUGACUGCGAGGAAACCAGAAUCAGAUGUGAAGCAACCAGGGUCUCCGUUCCCCGAGACCGAAAAGAAGUCCGCAAAACCAUCUCUUACACUGAACACUGAGGCAAGACCAGGAAAGGGGCUCAGUGUGAGCUUCAAAUCACCCACAGUUCCUGGAGACUUCUCUGCUGGGCCUCCAGCUCACAGCCCGAGCGGAGAAAGCAGUGACUCGAGAGCGCAUCAGCCGGCCACUGCCGCAAGCUCCUCGAGUCAUUCUCCCGCCGAGCAAAAAUCAUUACGGAGGAGUUCAUUCGCCAGGGACGAUGUCUGGGCGAGCAGACCUCCGGUCGAAGGAGUCAUAGAGAAUCUAGACGAUUACUUCCCUGAUAUCGAUCUCGAUGAACCCUACUUGGGCGCAGCAAGUCCCCCUGCAUCGCCCGUUGCAACCCCAGUCCGGGGAGUAGCGGAGGACCAGUCUCAUGGCGCUGGUCCAUCUCAAGCACCACAGCCUAGUCGCGAAGCAUCCGAUUCCUUCAGUUUUGGGGAGCCUACGAUGAACGCCAACAAAAGUAUAAGUGGCAAGUCUCGAAGCAACGCCGGUCGUUCUGCUAGCGGGCUUGGCCGUAUGAAAUCCAUCAGAGAGGUGGCUAAGGGAGCACAUCAAGUUCACCGAAAUCGCAGUGUGGCCUCGUCCAAUAACGCGCAGCCCGGCACGAUCCUUCGCCGUAAGAGCACCAAAAUGUUUGGAGCGAAGAUCAUGCAAAUCAGUCCAAGACCUGGCAUCCGCAUAAGUCAACUGGAUCCUAUCCCGCAGAACUCUGUUCCACAUGGAAAUGUCCCGCAGAGACAGCCUACUUUCCGAAUUGUCCGGGGUCAGCUGAUUGGAAAGGGGACUUAUGGAAGAGUGUAUCUCGGUAUCAACGCAGACACUGGUGAGCUUCUGGCUGUGAAACAAGUCGAGAUCAAUCCCAAACUCGCAGGUCAAGAUAAAGACCGAAUCAAGGAGAUGGUAGCAGCGAUGGACCAAGAGAUUGACACUAUGCAGCAUCUCGAGCAUCCUAAUAUCGUGCAGUAUCUUGGUUGCGAGCGAGGCGAAUUCUCCAUUUCCAUCUACCUAGAGUAUAUUUCUGGUGGCUCUAUCGGUAGUUGUCUGCGAAAACAUGGCAAAUUUGAAGAGAGCGUCGUCAAAUCACUGACUCGUCAGACUCUUGAUGGAUUGGCGUACCUCCAUGAUCAAGGAAUCCUCCAUCGUGACCUCAAAGCGGAUAAUAUCCUUCUUGAUCUCGAUGGCACAUGCAAGAUCUCUGAUUUCGGAAUUUCAAAGAAAACCGACAAUAUCUACGGCAAUGAUGCGUCAAACUCAAUGCAGGGCUCAGUCUUCUGGAUGGCUCCUGAAGUCGUACAAUCGAAAGGCCAGGGCUACAGUGCCAAAGUUGAUAUCUGGUCACUGGGCUGUGUGGUCCUGGAGAUGUUUGCGGGUCGCCGACCUUGGAGCAAAGAAGAGGCUAUCGGUGCGAUCUUCAAGUUGGGUAGCUUGAACCAAGCACCUCCUAUUCCCGAGGAUGUAUCCAUGAAUAUCAGCCCUGCAGCUCUCGCUUUCAUGUAUGACUGCUUCACGGUUGAUUCAGCUGAGCGUCCAACAGCCCAAACUCUUCUCAGCCAGCACCCCUUCUGCGAACCCGAUCCAUAUUAUAAUUUUGUCAAUACCGAGCUCUAUGCUAAGAUUCGUCACGUUCUGUGA